AUGUUUGAUAAGGUUCCAAGAAGUGAGAAAAACUGGGAGGACCUGGCCACGAAGCACGGAUUGCAAAAUGCUUCUCUCCACGACGGAUUUUCCUGCUCGUCAGCCUCCGGCAUUGAGGAUCAGCCCUUCCUCCUCCUUCGCAUCAUUUGGCCUCGGACGGCGACGCUAGAAAGCUUAAAUUUGAGCUUUUGGAAGAAGUGGGUAGAUGGAGACAACUUCGGGCAGGCCAAGACCAUCCUGGAGAAUCAAACACCCGGUUGGAAGUCCUACAUUCGGUCCCUCGGCCAGACACAGCAGCAGUUGAAGGCCACUGGCUUUGCCGGGCUCGAAACCUUCUCCUUGGUUCGUCAUCAUCAGCUUGCCUCGCAAAACUUCGUCGACAACACCGCCUCAUUCAUCCAGAAGCUGGACUUCACUCCGGUCGCAAUGAGAACGCGGGCCCAUGCUGCGCUUUCAAAGCCAGUGUCGCAGCCGACUACGCCAACGCCCAGCAGGAAUGCCCCUAAACUCGAGGAUCUCUUGGAAGAUCUCGAUGUUUCCCCUCGAGGCGAUCUCCCUCCCCGUCCUGAGACUCCCUUCCCAUUUGAACCAUUUUCGCCUCUAAGUGGCGCACUCGCCGAUCAGUUCAAAGCGAUCCAGGAUGAGCAGAUAGUGAACACGGCUCUCAUUCUUUACCUCGAUGCCUUGAUCAUUCACUGCACCCGGGUUCGGGGGCAGUGGUCUCUUCAUCGGCGCGGUUUUAUAGCACGGAAUAAGAAUUAUCAGAAGACGUAUGAGGCGAGGGUAGAUGGCUUGCUUCAAAAGGACGUCACCGGCGAGCCGCUCGCUAUCCUUGAAGUGAAGCCAUUCCUUCGCUAUCAAAAAGGGGAGAGUACGAAGUCCAUCAAGAAGCAAGAGGGGGCCCAGAUGGCGGCAUGGAUUAGCCAACACCCACCGCCUCAUCUACAGGUUAUGCGUAGACAGAAGUCGAGAACUGCUCGAAUGCUUAUAUCUCAGGACAGGCACGAGAUCUAUCUGACAUUCGCGAGCUUCGAUGCUUCCUAUGUAGACUACAUGCAACACAGAACUAAUCAGUCAUCCCUGUUGGAGAUGUGGGAAUAUGGGCCUUUCCUCAUCAGCGAACCCGAGCACAUGAAGACACUGGGCGUGGUGGUGUUGGCGUAUGUUCUCCAGGUGUGCUGCUGA